UUCUAAAAGAAGCAUUAAAAUUAAAAAAAUAAAAUAAAAUGUUUAGAGAAGAGGACAUGGACUAUAAAUAUAAAAAAAAAAUAAGAAAAUAAAAGAAAUAAAAUAAAAUAUAUAAAUAAAAAUAAAAUGUAGGUAUGUAGUAUGUGAAAAAGGACAUUUGAAACAAGGUUAUAUAAAGUAGAAGCAGGCUUGACAUUCAUUCAAUGGCAUCUACAUGGGUUCAAUCGUAACAUCAGAAUGUCAACUACGGAUAAUAAAAUCAAAAUACAAUUAAGACCAACUUUACCAGGUUCAGGUCCAGGUAUAAUAAAUCGACCUGAUAAAAAUCCAUCACCAUCAAAAUUAAUGAUAAAUCAUGGUAAACCAAAUUAUACAAUUAAUCGUACCACCAAUACACUAAGUCCAAAAAAUAAACCAUCAACCACCGAAACAGUAACAUCACCGUCAUUAGCAUUCCCAUUAAAACCAACAAACAAUCCAUUAUCACCGGUACCAUCAACAGCAUCAGUAGGAGCAACAUCUUCAACAACAAAUCAAAUUGAAAAAGUCAUUUUAAAACAUGUACCCUCAACAAUAAAUGUCAAUUCAAAUUCGGAACCAAUAACAUAUUCAAAUAAACCAUCAGUUGUUUCACCAGUUAAUUCAUUUGUUUCACCUGGAAUAUCAUCAAAAGCAGCUGCAACAUCAUUUGGUGUUAAAUUAAAACAAUGUAAUAAUAAGAAAAAUAUUCAAAAUGGUGAUAUUCCGACAACAAAUGGUCGAGAUCAAAAUCAAAGUGAUGAACCAGAAUUUGUUAGAAGACAAAAACAAAUAUUUGAAAAAUUACAACUGAGGGAGCAGCAGCAACAACAACAACAACAGCAUCAUCAAGUAGAAACAAAUACAAUAACCACCAAAACUGAAAUAAAUUCUUCAAAUGAUUCAAUUAAUAAUGAUAAUAAUUACCAACAAAAUGGACAUAGUAACACAUUAAACAAUAAUUCAUCAAUAAAACAAACUAAUGGUUAUCAUAGCCAGGAGAAAACAACAACAAUAAUUGAUAGUCAUGUUAAAAAUGUUACAAAUCGUUUGGAAAAUGUUUCAUCAACAAUAAAUUCUAAUAUUAAUAAUUCAAAUAUAAUUGAUCAACAAAAGAGUUCUUCACAACAACAAAAUAAUAGUUUUAAAUUACCACCGGGUGCAAUAUGUGGUAAACCAGCUAUACCAGGUAAACCAGCAAAUUUACAAAUACCACCAUCAGCUGCUAGAUAUCAACAACAAAAUAAUUUAUUAAAAAAUCAAAAUAAUUCAAUAAAUUCUAAUAAUGAUUUGUCAACAACAGUAACAAGUAAUACCGAAACAACAACAACAACAGCAACUACACAAAAACCAAUAACACCGACUGUUAAUGAAAAUAAUUUUGUUGAUAAUUCAAUUGGUGUUAAUUUUGAGCAAAAAACUAUUGUAUCAUUUUCAAAAGAUUUAUCAACGGAACCAAAUCGUUAUCCAGAUACUGUUAAAAUAACAAAAACAAUUAGUAAUGGUAAUGGAAUUAAUAAGAGUAAUGAUACUAUUAAUUUCAAUGAAGAUGAUGUUGAUGAUGAUGAUGAAGGCCUUAAAGAAUUUAUUGCAAUUGAAAAAACAUCAAAAUUAGCUGAAGAAAUGGCACAAAUAAAAUUUGAUAUUAAAACUGAUGAAGAAGAUGUUACCAUAACACCAGUUGUAAUACGAUAAAUGAAGAAAACAAAAAAAAAACAUAGAAAAAAUCAUAGAAAAAAAAAAACGUAUUCAAAUUCUAUUUAAAAUCAAAAAUGAAAAUAUUUACGAAAAACGACUCCUUUUAACUUAUAAAAUAAAUCCUUAUAUAUUCAUGUACAUGUAUAUGCAUAAAUAUGUAUUUGUUAUUUUCAUUUUAUACUUAUACAUUUAUAUUUAUAACAGAGAGUUGUGAUGGUGUUUAAAUCCUGUGGUUAAUUAAAC